AGUAAGCGCUCGUUUUCUAUCCGAUCUACUCUCAUUAUGCAGAUCUGAGAAAAGACCCUUCUUGUGUUUUGAUUACAAAGGGCGCAUAGAAAAGUUGAAAGAUCAGUUUGAGAGAGAGAGAGAGAAAGAGAGAAAGAGAGAGAGUAGAGAGCGAGAGAGACCGAUCUUGAGAUUUGAUCUCGUUCCUCCUGUUGCAGUCUCCCCUGGACAGCAUCCGUGCGCUGCUGUGGAACGAUGACAAGCAGCAAAACGACUUUAGCUUUCUUCAUUUACGGACUCCUCGUGCACUGCAGCGUAUGUUCCCCUCUCAGCUAUCCAAACGUCAGAAUGGAGACGGAGGGGUUCGAGGAUGGCAACUCAUUACCGGAUCUAACCUUUGACAGUGACCAGAUUUAUUUUGCAAGCUCUCCUUCAGUUACUGACGACACGUACACGUUAUAUUAUCCUCCCUCGAAAAGAAUGGAAAGGCACGCCGACGGGAUGUUUAAUAAAGCAUACAGAAAAGCGCUCGGCCAGAUGUCGGCGAGGAAAUACCUGCAUGCACUGAUGGCCAAACGCGUGGGAGGAGGCAACACGAUAGAGGAGGACGAGCCGCUGUCCAAGCGCCACUCGGACGGGGUUUUCACGGACAGCUACAGUCGCUAUCGGAAGCAAAUGGCUGUCAAGAAGUAUCUGGCCGCAGUCCUGGGCAAAAGCCACGAAGACUUAGAUUUGCACCAAAUUCUACAAGACAUAGACUUUGAUGUGCUCUCGGAUGAGGAUGAGGCUUUUUUGUUGGAUUGGCUGAAGCAGUUCCCACCUGAAUUCUCGCAGGCUUUGUGACACAGGAGGGCGGCUUUGGUGCCUUUUCCUCGUCUUUAAAAUGGCCACCAAUUUCAGAUGGCACGCUAGUGGCCCUUCAAUGCUGCAAUCACCUGCUCACAUGCCUCCUAUUUCAUUGGAUUGUUAGUAUCGCGUAACGUUUGCUUACACCAUGUUUUCAUUCCACUCCCUGAACCGUUCUCUGUUAUCUGGUUUAGCUUCACUAUACACGCUGUGUUCUGUAUAGAGAUUCAUUGUGUGUGUAGAG